AUGGCCAUGUAUAAAGUUGUCAUGGACACUUUGGCGCAAGCCAUCUUGGCGCGAGCCAUCUUGACGCGAAUGAAGCUCAAACGCGGGGAGGGAAACGGCGACAGAACUUCUUGGUUAUUAGGUGACGCAGGUUACCCACUGCAACCCUUUUUACUAUUGCCCAUUGCUGGCGUCAAUCCAGAAACACCUCAAGGUCGCUAUUCUCAAGUCCAUAUUAGAGCGAGAAACACUGUUGAACGCUGUAUUGGGGUUGUAAAGGGAACAUUUAGGUGUUUGCUAAAAGACAGAACUUUGCAUUACAAACCCGCCUUUGCUGCCAAAUUGAUUAUUGCUUGUGCAACUUUACAUAAUAUUUUAAAAAGGGCAAAUGUGGAAAACGAAUUAGAAGACCAUGAUGAUCCUGACAAUGACCACGAUAACGUAGAUUUCGCCGAUCUUUAUCAGGAAGGCAUUAAUACACGUAAUUUGGUUAUUCGAAAUUAUUUUACUGAUUAA